AUGUCGCCGCCGGUCCUGAACCACGAUAUCCUCCUCACAGUGAUGUCUGUCUCUCCUACCAGUACUGCCACAUCGAUCAUGGCCACCUGUCGUGACCUCUAUCAUGAGGGAGCCAAAAUCGUCCUCCAGCAUCCGAUCAGCCUCGGUGGACCGGAGGAGAAGGCAUUGUCCCUUCUACGCUUCUUACAGGCCGAGGAUUUCUCCCGAUGCUCCUACGUACGCGCAUUCAAUCUCAUCAAAAUCGACCCAAUGCCCAAGUCUGUCGCUAGGAUCCUGGUCAAGAUUCUGCCCCGCAUGUCCUCAUUGGAGCGUCUCAUGAUUGCUCCAGAAGACAUGCUGAAGUCGUACCCCGACCUCCUUCCCGCCUUCGCUGCCAUUCAAUCUCUCAAGCAGCUAGUGAUGGCAAAUGUGGGGGAGCGCUCUAUCCGGCUGAUACAAGCUCUCCAAUCCCAGCUUGUCUCCGCGACCCUAUACUUCAACAGUAAUUCCUCCAGGCAAAACAUGUUUAUGUCCAUAACCUCUCACCCCGUCCAAUUGCUGAAGAAGUCUGCCUCCACGCUCCAGCAAUUGACUUGCGGACAAUGGGUCGAUAUGCUCCCCGAACUGCUUCUCACAGUCCCGAACAUCGUCUAUCCCGAGAUGCGUAGCCUCACUCUGGCCGAAAAUAUCUCGCCCAACCCUAUUCCCUAUAUCAGAUCGUUCCCUGGACUCACGCACCUCACCAUCGAGAGCCACCGCACCGACCAUCUGGGUGGCGCUUUCGGAGACUUUUCGUACAUCCAACGCCAGUUGAACCUCGCUAUGCAAGAACCUGACGAUAUAGUGCCGUCGAGCUGGCACCACCUAGAGCACUACACCGGUCGCCUCGUCGAUCACUGGACCUUUGGCCUUACGUACCACAUCCAUCGCCUCACACACGAAGACGUGCCAGGACAACGGGCACCCAGCGCGCUGACUGACGUCCUGCAAUCCGCACGACCCUCGGAGCUCGUAAUCAAGUUUCACGGGAGUCCGUUCAAAGACGUCUUCACGUCGGAUUUCCUGGAUGCUUUGCGCACCGAGGGCGCGGCCCAUAUGAAAGGCUUGAUAGUCAGCAUUGACAUAACGGCCGAGGACCGCGAAAUCGAUGUAGCCCGCACUUUGACCGAUUUCGAGACUACCAUAGUCGGCCUAAGGCUCCAUCAUCUCCAGUGUGAAGUGCGCGACGUCGGGCUAUCUAACUCAGAGGAGACCCCAAACGAGCCUAGGCCUGCGCCGGGAGCGGUAGCCGGACACUAUGUCACCUCCCUCCCUCGUUCCGACACAUCUGUGCUUGUCUCCGGUUCCCCCGAGGCGCAGUCGCAUGCUUGCGCAGGUUCGGUCGCCGAGGAGUCGCUCUGCACCGCAGAACGCACGCUCGUUGCUUUCGACGUCGAAGCGUUUGCCCACCGCAUCAUAUCUGCUAUACCUACUAUCACUGGCAUGAUCAUCUCCAUUGAUACGCCGCGCCAAUGCGGCGGGGGCCGGAGGAUUGCACUGCUUGGAAGGGAGGAAGAGGAGAUCCCAGAGCUGCGUACUGGAGGAGAGAUCGUGUACCGGGAUUUGAGCAUGGCGGAUUACAAUGCCAUGAGGCGUUCGCAGGAGGAAGGACCUCACUGA